AAAAAAUCAAAUCGCCGUUGGUUUCUGCGGAAAAACCGUCACUAACAGCACGGACAAGCGGUGACAACUUUGGACAGCUGGUACGCGCGUUCGGUAGUUGCAGCAUCACUCUUGCCAAUAUGUGCGUGGACUGAGACAAGAAUUAAAACGUAUAGCCUCUCUGGAGAAUCAAAACAAAGUUUCAUAUCCGAAAAGAUAAAAUUAGAAAUUUUAGUCAAGACACAGCGGAUAUGAUUAUGCCGGCCGGAUGAGCGAAAACACUUCAGCUUUGUAAAAAUAAAUAUACGCUGCUUACAAUUCAAACUCAACGGAGGUAGGUGGUGGUUUCUUCUGACUCUCAAACAUAGUUUUUAGCCAGGCGACGUGCCUUCCGAGAUAACGCAUGUGAGUGCACUGCAGUAGCGUUUCGUCAAAACUUGUUUUGUGCGAGAGAGUUUGAGCAAUCGCUUGUGGAGACAUUAGGUAACAAGUCUACAAGUAAAUAAUUCGCUUGUACCUACAUCACCUACACUUGUAAAUGACGUUUCAAAGAGAGAAUUUUUAGUUGUGCAUGUGCGUUCGUUUGCGUUGGAGGAGAUAUCGUAUUUAUUGUUUAAGUUUUGAAUCAAUAUUGUUAGUUAGCUAUAUUAAUUAAAUAUGGCUGAAAAUGAUAAAAAAGAUGAUAUAUUGGAGAAAAAAUUACAAUUUAUACAAAAAGUAUAUGAAAAUAGGGAGAUUCUGUUUGGUGCAUAUUCGGACAAAAUAAUAAGAUCAGUUAAGAUAGAGAAAUGGAAAGAAUUGGCAGAAUUAGCAAAGACACUUUGUUUAAUGCGUGCGCAUAAAAAUCACACAUAUUGCAGAGAUACGCUGUGGCAAAAUAUGAAGAAAGCAGCAUUGGCAAAAGUUGAGAAUCCCAAAAAAACAUCAGUAAAUAUGACCGAGGGCGAUCAAUUGGUGCUUAAAAUUAUAAGCGAAGAGUUGCCAUCAAGUGCUGAUAACGAAAUGUCAUCCGCAUUGAACUUUGUAACAACAAAAUAUCUCAACGAGUCAACAACAAAUCAAUCGUUAUUAUUCUCACCAAACAAUGACUUAUCUUCCACCAGCCACAUACCCGCGGGGCCAGGUAAACGAAAACGCACUGCCACAGAGGAUGGCAUCUCUAAGAUCGCAGAAAAAGAACAACAUUUGUUAAUUGAACACUUAAAACUACAAAACUACAAGACUAAAUUGGAAAUUUUAAAGUUGGAAACUGAAUUAAAUCUUCCAAGAUCUCAGUAUACAAAGAGUUUUGUCUGUGAUGAAGGGGACAAGUAGCAGCGCACUAGAAUAGAUGUAGAUGUAUGAAUUUGAAAUUCUUUUUUUCAAAAUAUGUUAUUUUGACUUAAAAUAAAUAUAAGUUUAUUUAAAUAAAAAAUUGCUUGUAUGCAAGUAAUUAUAGUGACAAACCAAUGAUAAGCUA